GCGUUGACCGUAAUUCGUUAAGAAAUGAAGUAAAAUCUGAACGUAAAGCAAGCGUGUUUGGCUGUGCAAAAAUCCGAAAGCUGGAUAAAAGAAGCAACAAAAACAAAAAUAAGUAAUACACGCUUGUCGACUAUCUUGAGGUUAAAAGUCAAGAAUGUCUGAGGCCAUCAUCCAGAGAAUGAAGGAGCUGGAGGAGGAACUGGAGAAGGUCAAGUCCCAACUGAAUGGAUGCCACACAGAAACCAGUCCGUCCCCCGAUUAUGAGAAGACUCAUCACAAAAAGGGGAAGAAAAUAGGCAAGGAGCGCCCGUUUGACUUCAGCGCACACCCCCGCCGCCACGUCGCCCUGCGUCUGGCCUACCUGGGAUGGGCUUACCAAGGCUUCGCCGUCCAGGAGAACACAGACAACACAGUGGAGGCCAGGCUCUUCGAAGCCCUGCUGAAGACGCGCCUCAUCCAGGACCGCCAGAGUUCCAACUAUCACCGCUGUGGACGCACAGACAAAGGGGUUAGCGCCUUCUCCCAGGUUAUAACAAUCGACCUGCGCUCCACGCAGUAUUCGGGUUUGGGGGUCACGAUUCCUGAAAAUGCCCAGAAAAAAGUCGCCGCGGUCGCCUCAGAGCUUCCCUACGUGAAGAUGCUGAACAGAAUCCUCCCUCAAGACAUCCGCGUUUUUGACUGGGCCCCCGCCGCCGAGGGUUUUAGCGCACGCUUUGAUUGCCAGUCCCGCACGUACCGCUACUAUUUCCCGCGAGGCUCCUUGGACGUCGCGUUGAUGGCGGACGCGGCGAAAAGGUACGAAGGCACCCACGACUUCCGGAACCUGUGCAAGAUGGACGUGGGCAACGGCAUCCUGCAGUUCCAGAGGACCAUCCUGGCGGCGACGGUCAAGCCGGCGGACCCGCAACGGGCGGACGCCGCGGACCCGCACGACUUGUUCGUGUUUGAGAUUAAAGGACUCGCCUUCCUCUACCACCAGGUCCGCUGCAUGAUGGCCGUCCUCCUGCUGAUUGGACAGAAGCUGGAGGCGCCGGAAAUAAUCCGCAGCCUCCUCGACGUUCACAACAACCCCAGGAAGCCGCAAUACAGCAUGGCGGUGGACUACCCGCUGGUCCUGUACGACUGCCAAUUCGACGGCUUGAGCUGGAGGCGGGAGGCCGAGGAGCUGAGUCUCGCCCUGACUUCGCUGCAGCGACACUGGACGCAGAGCGCGGUCAAGGCCCACGUUCUCCGCGACAUGAUUCGAGGCUUGGACGCCACAGUCGACGGGGCGUCAUCCGGCGAAUGCGUGCUGGCGGAAGGCAGCCGCCGGAGGAAGUACCGGCCCUUGCUGGAGCGUCCGCUCUGCGAGAGUCUGGAGUCGCGCAUCGAGCACUUCGUCAAGAGAGGCCGGCUGGAACGGGAGGAGGGCGACGGCGGCGGGGAAACGGUCCACAAAGGGAAGCGCUCCAAACGUUCCAAGAAUUCCGCAGGUUCAGCUGACGUGAUCGACGCAGAUCCUGAAUAGAAAUGCAUAAAAAAGGGGCUUUUAAAAAUUAUGAAAUUGUAAUUGAUUUAUUUUUUUUUACAUACUGUAUACUGAAAGAAGUGUAUUUUUAUGGAACACACAUUUUCAAUCAAGUUGGGUAGUCGUUCAUCUGUAAGCACUUUUGCUUUGGCACCAGAGGGUCGUG